CAACUCUUUCGAGGCGUGCUCGCAUACCAACCGACUGCUAGCUGGCUUAACCCGCCUACCCGGCCCGCCCGUUGCUCGCACCGGAACACUUAAAACAAGCAUGGCCGACUCUUCAUUGGAGGGCGAGCCGGCGAAUGGCACCUCGGCUGCUGCAGACGACCCCAACGCCGGAAGCGGAAGCUCGCGGCCCUCCUUUACCGACUAUUGGAAGCGCACCAAGGAGGCGGCCACGCGGCGAAUCACAUUUGUGUCGAGCAAUCAGGGACACCUAGGCCUUGGGAGCAAGGACGGCCGGAGACACCGUCGCAACCGGCAGAAGUCGGCUGAGAGCGAAGAGGCGGUCGAGGAAGACGAGGAGGCGGACCUCAGCGCAGGCGGUGGCAACAGCAGCAGCGGCAACAACAGCAGCAGCGCGCAGGCCCGGGUCCAGGCGCGCCGGGCCCAGGUCCGCAAGGCCCAAGCCCAGCACCGCCAGCGCAAGGCCAACUACACGAAGCAGCUCGAGAUGGACGUCGUCAGGCUGCGCGACCUGAUCGACGUUGCCGAGCGCGACACCCUCGCGCUCAAGGCCGAGAACGACGCCAUCCGUCGCCGCCUCGCGACCGCGCGGCUCGCCGGCGCUUCGCCUUCCUCAUCCUCCUACCUCCCCUCGGCACUUCCCCCCCCGUCGAUGCCCCUGCCUCCCAUCCCGACUGCUUCUGCCAGCACUGCGGCUACCGCGGCUGCUGCGACGACAAGCGCUUUUGCCAGCGGAACCUUCAGUUUCCCGACGGCGGACGCGCCUAUAGCCUCGCCUCAACACGCGCCAGGUUACACCGUCCGACUCAGCGUAUCCCCGGGCAUGGUCACGCCGUCGUUCAAGGUGACGAGGACGCCCGCACACGUGGGGGCGGCGGCGCGGGGCCCGUCACCGGCGCCGUCGUCGUUACCACCGUCCUGGAGUGGGGCCGGGUUCGAUGUAGGCGUGGAUCUAGGCGAGGUAACGUCUCUGUCAGAGGCGCAGGUCGACCAUGCUAUCAAUUUCAUUCUAGGGCUCGAGCACGUCUGCUGGGAACACUUCGGGCCCUCGUACUUCGCAUAUCAGGACUACGACGCGUCGGCGCCGGCCCACGGGCACGCGCUCAUGGCGAGCGCGAUCGCGCUGCAGAGCGCGCCCCCGGCCGCGUUCGCGCGCAUAGACACGGCCAAGCAAGGGCUACGAACGGGCGGCGGCCACACGCUCCUCAACGCCGACGGCAGCGAAAACGUGCUCGCCUCCUGGCAGACGCCCGCCGGCGACCCGGGCCUCACGCUCGCGAACCUGUACGGGCUCGCGUCGGCGCUGAACCCGCGGCGCCGGGGCAGCAGCAAGGCCCACCAGCACCAGCACCACCAGCAGCAGCUGAGGGGCAGGAGCCAAACCUGGGACAACCCCAACCCCCACCCCUACCCCCGCCAUCCUCUCGGACACGCGCACACCCUGAGCGACGGGCAGCAGGGCGCGCCAGCCUCGGCCUCGCUAGCGGGCGACGAUCUCGACGACGACGACGACGACGACGCAGAGAUGGAGGACGUGUGGGACCCGGAGGAAGAGGGGGGGGAGGGCGAGGAGGAGCUGGCGCCGGUGCAGGCGUGGUUCGAGGUGGCGCGGCGGUACGGCGGCGCGGCGGUGGCGGACGCGGCGCGCAUGGACGCGCUGCGCGCGCAGCUCGCGCCCCGCGUCACGUGCCCCCACUUCGGCGCCGCCGUCGCCCGCUCCGCCUUCGAGGACGCCGUGCUGCGCGUGCUCGGCCGGCCCAGGCCGCCGCCCAAGAGCGCCGGCGCCGCCGUCGCUGCCGCCGGGGGGUGGUGAACCGCCGCGCGCGUCGAGAGGCGCAGUAGGCUGCUGCUGCACGUACUAGGGAGGUUCAUACCUGUAGAGUAGAGACAGAUGGGCCCCCCUAAGAUACCGGCGUAGCCUCGGAGAGGUAGCACUGCGAGGCUUACGGCGGCUGGUAGAGGCCGCCGGGCCCGCACGCGUAUAUAUAUGUGUGUAUAUGUACCUACUUUCCUGUUCGCCGCUCGAGGUUUCGCCGUGUUUGUGGUAGGUAUGUCCGGAGAGCAGCAGUCUGCUCCCCCUACCGCCUUCGUAACCAGCCUCGAGUUCCGAUCGUCACCGCAUCACACACACGCACAAGACGGCUUCGUCGUCUAGGGAUUCAUCUUAUAUUUUGGCAAGCGGACGGCAUUUGCCCGCUGGGAACGUCAGCACGCGUGCCCGUGCUGCGCUAGCUCUAUCCUCGUACCUCCCCGCCCAGUCUCCGGGCCGGGGUUGCCAGCCAGCCUGCUUCCUUGUGUACUCGCCCAUCCGACCUAUCUUUCUCCGUCGCGAAAAACCUCGUCUACGUUCCGUCACGUUCCGUUACCUUUUCUUAUCUUCUCAUCGCCCCCCUCUCCUCCCCUCCCCUCCCCCACC